AUGACGUCAUUACUCGGAUUUUUCGCCGAAAUUUUCUCCUACGAAAACGUCGAAUUCGUCAUCUACAUGUAUCUCAUUCCAUUGGUCAGUUUUUUUUUCCUAGUUUGAGGGAUUUUUAUAAAAGGGAGUUUUUCUUUUCAAGCUUUACCUCUAACAUGAGCAAUAGGUACCUCAAUUCCAAGAAAGAUUCCCUUGAAAACAAUUUUAGAAAGUUUUGUUUUCGUCUCCUUCUUUCCAAUUUAGUUUCUUCUUCCAAUCCCUUUUUUUCUUAUUUUAUUCUUCGCGUGGGCAAUCGAGCUGGUAAUGAAAAAAUAGAUCCGAUGUUUGUAAUCUGAGCAAUAGGGAUGGGAAAAAGAGUUCGAAGAUCUUUUUUCGGCAAAGGGAGGUUCAAAAUUUGGGUUUUAUGGAGUUUUUUUUUGAGACUUGAAAAACUUUCAUACUUUUGGCCUUACUCAAAUAGUUUCCAAUAGUAUUUCAUACAUGCGAAAAAAAUAUUUUUUUAGAAAAAAAUUUCAAAAAGAGGUUUUUUGGGGUCGCAUGUAGAAUGGCUCGGAAGACGUGCGGUUCAAAAUAAAUUUCGAACUCUUGUACCUAUAUUAUAGCUUCAGGAAUAAUUUAUUAGGUCGUUUACUAAGUUUAUUUCUUUUUUCGGUUGAAAGUUACUUGGUGUAUAACUUUUCAAUUUUGGAUUCAAACAGCAAACAAUUUCUCCCCCGUCAUCCUCAGCUAUCUGUUAACAUGUCUGUUAAUUUUGGAGUUCUUGACUUUAAAACGAGCAAUGAUAUACUUAAAAAAAGGGCAACUAACUCGAUUUCAACCCCUCUUAGAGAAAUUUUCUUCUAAAAAAAAUUUAUGAUUCAAUGUUUUGUAGUUGAUGACAACGAGGGAGGAUGGAAGUACAGAUAGAGUAGGCAAGCUGACUUUUUAAACAAAAAACCAGCCUAAAAAUCUUUUUUCUUUAAAAGUUUUGGUCAGUGAUCAAUGACAAUGACAGGGUCGCUGAACAUUUAGACGCUUUUCUCAUGAACGGCUUUGAGGAUGAUUUUGAUUUUUUGUGGUUAUUUAGUACAGACAUGGUCUGUAUCAGUCACGUUUUCUUCAGAAGGUCUAAACGUUUGAUGCCGUCAGAGAGCCUCCAGAAGUUAAUCAAGCUAUCAUUUCAGUUGAAUACCGUUUCUCAAAAUUUUAGGCCGGAAAAACUCAGUUGAACCACUUCUGCUUUGACACAUGGCUGCAGUGACCUUUGUUGUACUUGUUUUUUUAUUAACUUGAGAGAUAGCAAAAGAACAGAAAAUUUGAGAGUGGAUAGAAACCACUGCCCCCGGGCUAUAAACAUUUUUUGAUGAAAAAAGCCUGUAAAAUUAAAUCCUCGAGUUUCACGGUAGCUGCCGGUUGCUAACGUUAUGCCUAUAUUUUUUUUCAAAACCCCAAACCUGAUAGAUAAUUAUGAAUGUACUUCGGGGGAAAUCAAACGAAAACAGGACGCGCAUUAUUUCAACAAUGUUGGCCGAUCAUAAAUUUGUAUGGUCUGGCUUUUGAAUAAAUAACUCAUUUCUCAAAUUUUUUGGAAGCUAACGAAAACUUUCACGAGCAACCACACGACCUCAGUUUACGUUUUAUGUAACUCGUUCGAAUGAUAAAAUUGAAAAAGUAAGAUAAAAAAUAAGUUCGCAAAACUUUCCAAAAAUCGAGAUUUUUCGAGUUCGGACAAAGUUCUGUAUCUUUUUUCUGCAUAGUGUUAUAGGAAUACAGUUAGUUUUAAUCUGAACUUCAGAUUGUGUAGUAGUAAAUACUAUAUGAAGCAAAAUUGUGAGAAGUGCUUUUCUGGUUGAAAACUUUUUUAAAAAAAGUCCUUCAAAAAAGAAAGAAACUUAGUAAACAACCUAAUAUUUACGCGUAAGUCGUUUCUUGGUCGGCUGCAAUUUAUUUGGAGCAUUUUGAGCCAUUCCAAAUGCGGCCAGAGGUGUUUCAAGCUGACGUGAAUUCACAAACCCUUGUUAUAUUUUUUCAAAAAUUAGUUCUUUCAGAUUUUGAACUUUCAUUAAAAAAAUUCCUUUAUUUAAAAGUAUAUUCUUGUUUUUCUAGUCGCAAAUUGUCUUCUUGUUUUUCCUCCAACUUGAGCAAAAAUCAAGAAAAAAAGUCAUUUCCUCGUUUUUUGCACGGUUUCUCGCUCAAAGUUAAUCCCGGAACUCGUCUUUUCGUUUUAAGACCUCUGUCGAUGAAGCUUUUAAUUGAGUUUUGGUCUUGUUUUCUUCCUUCCCCCUUACUUUACUUCAUUUACUGCAAAAAGGAAAAAUUUUCCUUUUAAUUGAAUUUGAGCUUAGAAAGAGGAAACUUCAAGGGGUUUCUGGCCGACCAGGAAGUUUUUUUUUCGAAAAUUUCGGUUGCUCUGAAAGAGAAGUGCUCUAGUAGACUGUGGAUAAGUUAUAAAAUUAAAAAAAAGAAUUUUUUUGAAAAAAAUUUUUGAAGAAAUUUCAGAAUUAUCUACUCAGAAGUGUGCUCUAGGAGCCCGUAGAUAAGUUAUAAAAUUUAAAAAAAGUAAUUUUUUUCAAAAAGGUUGUUAAUCUAGCUUCUUUGAUUCCGAGUUUUUCGACCGCAUUUGGAAUGGCUCAAACAGUCGCGGCUCAAUUUUAGCGAAACUGGUUUUAAUACGAGUGUUUUUCUGGGUCUUGCGCAAGUAGUUUCAAGUCGGGCGCUUCUCAAAGCCUAAAUCUACUGAUUUUUAAAAUUUCCACCGCUUCUGUAAUGACUCAAAGUGUCAGAGCAUUUUGAAAUCGAAAAAUCUUGAUUUCAAAAUCUUCCGAGCGCAAGUAGUUUUAAGUCGGACGCGAAGGGUUAAGCCAUUCCAAGUGCGACCAAGCCUUGAGGCAUAUACUUUAUACCUCCCAAUCUAAAAAAGACUGAACUAUCUGCGUUCUCUCGUGUUUACACGCUAUUUUCUCUCCCAUGACCUGACCGAUGAGAGAAAAGAGAGCGCAGACAGGUCAGACUGUUACAAGUUGUGGUGAAUGAACUUUAGGCCAUUUUUUGAAAAAAGAAAGAUAAUGAAGCAUCGCGAAACUUUCUCCAAGGGUAGAAUAAUUAUCGGUGGAACGUUUAUUCAGGUAAUUAAGUCAUUUAUGAGUAAUUGAAAUAAUGUUCCGGAGGCAAUUUUUGAGCCAAAAGUGGACUUUUUUAUGUUUCUUGAUGAAGGGAAUGUAUAGGGAGUUUUGCUAAAUUUGAAAAAAAAAAUCAUGUGGUUAAAAAGAUCCAGUGUUUUAACUGAUCAAGCGACGCCCCUUUUCAUUCAAAGAUGCAAAACCCUUUUUUAAAAGUACCCCUGCGCCUUUAAUAAGGCUGAAAAAUGGUCAAAUUUCAAUUUCAUUUUUCUUGAUGAAGGGGAUGUAUAGGGAGUUUUGAUGAAAAAAGCUGACCAAGCCACGCCCCUUUUCAUUCAAAGUUCAAUACCCUUUUUUGAAAGUACACCUGCGCCUUUAAUAAGGCUAAAAAAUGGUCAAAUUUCAAAUUUUUUCCAUUUUUUAAAAUUGGAAAAUUCUCAAAAAAUUUCCUGCGCCUUUAAUUGAGCAACAAUUAAAAACGAAACGAAACAAAUAAAAACGAUCUUUGAGCAAAAAAAAAGGGAACUAGACGAAAAACCGCCUGAGGUCAUUACGUGAAGCCGUUAUGUCUCUAAUUACGUCUGGCCGCAUCUUUUUCAUAAAUUUUUCUCUCAUUUGAGAAAAUUUGGAAAAUAUCGUCUGCAGACAUAAGUUUUGAGCUUAGAAAAUGAAAAUUUCUAGUCGGGAAUCUUUUAAAAAAAACUUUUUUUAACGGAGUUUUCUGUUUCAAUCAGCUUAUUCACGUUCCAUUUUUUUUACUUUGAAGAUAAGUCUAUUAUGCCGGAUUCGAAAAUAAUAAACUCAUUUUACUUUCGUCUGUGAUGACGUCAUUUUUUUCGUCCAAAUGACGUCAGAACCAAUAAGUUUGUCAGCAAAAAUCGGAGCGGGAUCGAACCAGCGACCUUUCGAGCCAUAAUCUGCUUUCUUAGCCGCUUAGCUAUAGAGCAAAAUCUUUCGAGAAAGUCUUAGAUACCCCUUUGGAAAAUUAAUCGAACUUAUCAAUGACGUCACAAUAUAUACUAAAAUGACGUCACUUUCAUAAUUUGACUUCUUCAGCAAAAACAGCUGAGGGGAUCGAACCAGCGACCUUUUCAGCCUUAAGCUGACCUUUUAGCCAUUUUACCAUUCGAUUAUAUAGACCUUAACUCUCCAAAAUCAUCGAAACGCGGAGGAGAAGCUGAAAUUUGCAUUUGGCAGUGGGGCGACAUUGAUAUGAAUUAUUCAUGGGUGUUGAGUUUUUUGAAGAGAGAGGAAACUAUCCAUUGAUAUCGAAGGGUUUCUUGAAAAGAAGAUGACGUCAUCAUGAGGGAUUCGGGAGCCACAAUCAAGCUUCUGAUUGGCUCGAAAUUUCGAAUUCUCUUGGGUGAUGACGUCAUCUUUUGGUUUUGAUGAAGUGGUUCUUUAAUUUAUGUACGUUUCGAAGGCAAAAAAGUUUGGAAGGGGUUAGGAUCGAACCAGGGACCUUUGGAUUGAUAGUCAAGAGCUCUACCGACUGAGCCAAGGAGUAUAGUUCUCGAGUACGGUUAAGCUAGUGUGAGGAUAGAAAUUUUCAUUAAAAUAUUGAUUUUUUCCCACAAAAAUGCCUAGAAGACCGACGACCCUCCGGACGUUAUUUGAGCAAUUCACCGAUUGAACCAAGAUUUCCUCUUCAAAAAAAACUUUAAAAAAUGUGUUCUGUGCCUAAAAAAAUGGCAAAAACGGCGAUGAGAUCGAUCCUGUGACCCUUUUAGUGGCUAUAAACCUUUUUUCUGAUCCACCCGUUUUAUUAAAAAAUUAAAAAAGUAUUUCUAACUUUCCAAGAAAAAGUUCGACUUCCGUAAAAGGUCGAUUUUCCUUUUUACGACGAAAUUUUCGAGCCCUAAUCAAUUGAAUUUACCGGUGCCUGGCACGAUAUGGCACCAAAUUACACUCGAAUUCAUAUUAAUUCUGAUUUGAAAUUGAAAAAGUGAUUUCCUCGGCACUCCAUUGAAUAAAAGAGCAGGGUUUAGAACAAAAUAUAUGAAAAAAAGGGGAAAAAUUGAAAAAAAAAAAUCCGAAGUUGCCAAACUCGCUGAAGAUUUGAGAAAGUGCGCUCUAUCGAUAAAAGGACAUCUGCGAAGUUGUUCAUAAAAAUUCAAAACUUAUCAAAGCUCCCGACAUAUUUUUGAAAACUUUUUUUCCCCAGUUUUUUCAAUGUUUCAAAAUCCCCAAAAACUUUAAAGAAAAGCUAUUUCUCAGGUCUGUAUCCCCGGAAUCAUCGCCGCUACCAUGUCUUCGAUUGUCUUCGCCAGAAUGCGACAAACUUCUUUGGAGGUUUCUAUUUUUUAUUCGGAUUUUUAAAAAAAUCGAAAGUCGGUGUGACUUUGAAUAUUUGGCUCCUAGAGUUGCCCUAGAAACAUGAUUUUGUGCUUGAGAUUUUUUGAGUCUUAGAAUUGACAUUUUAGGUCAACUUACUGUUUCAGUGAAAUCGGGAUUAUUGAGAAAUUUCAUAUAUUUUCAAUCCGUAUUUGUUUGACAAGACCAAAAUUAUCCUCUCAUUUUAUCAUGUGAUCCGCUAAAAAAAAAUAAUCAACCCUGGUUUUUAAAACUAUUUAUUUCGAAAAGUCACAAGUUCCCUUCGAGACCCAAAAAAAUCCAAAAAAAGUUUUUUUCAAAUCAGGUGAAUUUUUUUCAUGAUUCAAUCAUUAUUUUUAAACUGGAAAGACUUACAAAAAUAUAUAUAUAUAUGUAUUUUUUUCAAUUUUACCCAAUUUUUUUAAUCAUUUAUCAUUCAAAAAAAUAUAGAAAAAAACCCUUACAAGGAACUUUUUUUUUCCUUCCCAAAAAAGGCCGGAAUUUAUGAGGGCGCGUAGGAAAUGAAGCGCAACGUGAAUAAUUUGCCCUUCUCCACUCGAGUUGUUAAAUUAAAGAGUGGUAGGAUAAAGGGCAAGUGCAGGAGGAUGAAAUUCGGAAAAAAGUGCUUAUUUUUCUGAUUUUUAAUGGUUAAAGGGACUUCUUUCAAAGUAAAAUUGUGGAAAAUCUCAUUUUUAAAAAAUUUCUUGAAGCUGACCAGGGAAUGUUCUCAGUUCACACUUCUGAAUGAAACUAGGCUCACUAGAUGCAGUUUUUCACGCUGAUUCUGAAUCUGUGCUCAAAAACUUCCGAGGAGCUCUGUGAAAAAAGUUAUGGACCCAGUCGAAGAUUUCAUAAUUUCCGAUUGAGCUCAUUUUUGAAAGAUAUAUAGUCCUUGCUCCCUUUGUCACGAAUAACUAUUUGAUUUUCUCAAAAAGGUUCCGGAGCCUAGAUAUGAUUUUUCAAAGUCACAAGAGCAAGCGCGCGCGGCGAUCCGGCGGCCGGCGAAGCAACGGCACCGAGGAGCAGUGGUAAAGCGGCGGACUGGGGUCCACGAGGUCAUAGGUUCGGUCCCCACGCUGUGCAAACUUUUUUGCAAUUUUUGCUUUUCCGGAUAUUUUCGUACAACUGCAUCUAGUGAGCCUAGUCUCAGAAGUCCCACUUUGAGCUGAGAACUUCCCUUGUGAUGUGUAAAAAGGGAAUUUUCGACAUUUUUCCAUAAUGUGCCCGACUUGAAACCACUUUAAGGAUAAUAAAUUUUUUCGAGGCUUUCUUGUCCUUAUUUUUUACAAGUAAUCAGAUCGUUGUGUUCAAGUUGAAGGGAAAAAUAAUUCCCAAAACAGUAAUUGUUUGAGUUUUCAAUAUUCAAGGUUCCACUACCAUAUAAAAAAAACCACGCGUUUUAAAAUUUUCAUUUAUAUUUCUAGAAAAUGAUGAAAAAAAGAAUAUUUCAAAGUUUUUAAAUGUUGAGUUAUUCAUUACAGCGGGCUGAUGAGCUUCAUCCGAUGCUAUUAUGCGAAAACCGUUACGAGUCGGGCGCGCCUUUUUUUCUUAAAACUAUGAAAAAAGAGCCAUUAAAAAUGCACAUAGAAGCCUCAAAAUAUAAAUUGUGCAAGAAAAAUUCGAUUUAUCUUCAAUCAUUCAUUUUUCCCUCAAGGUUCUACUCUGUGGCCUAUCUUUAUUUGACGUCAUCUUACUAACUUCCUCCAUUCUGAUCUACCCGUCAAUGUGCGCCUGCUCCAAAGAGGAGAAUCGGGUAAGAUGAGCAAUAUUGAUCGAAAAUGAGCAACACAUUUUACAGGCCGACAGUUUUGUCUGUCACUUUUUCUGGCGAUGUACCAUCAUCAUCUGGCCGUUGUCCUUGAUGGCGCAAGUUGGUGAGUAUUUUCGAUUUUUGGGUUUAUUGAAGUGUUCAAAAUCUGAAAAUUGGUCGUUUAGUUUCAAUCGAUAGAGGAGAUCACGGAGAUCAAGGAAAACUUGGUUUGACCUUCGUAGGUCAAAUAGGAUCUGAGAUAUAGGCGAUCAAACUUUGAGGUCGACUAUUGAAAAAUUGAUCAAGUUUAGUAUCAAUCGAUAGAGGAGAUCACGGAGAUUGAGAAAAACUAGAUCUCUAAGUUCCUAACCUCCCAGAAGUCGAGUUGUGAGUCUUCAAAAACUUCAAAAAAUCAUAACUUUCUUUCUAGGAGCCCAAAAACUUUUUUACCUAGAUAUUAUGGCUUCUGACGUCAUUUCCUAUCGAUUCAUGUCAAAAUCUCGAAAACUUCGAUUUUCGGAAAAAAUCGAAAAAAGUACAGUCUAACCCCUUCGGAUUUUUUGAGCUUCUGAGGUCAUGGAAGCCGAUCUGGACGAAAUGUAUACCAAUCGACAGAUCUCGAUUAAAAAAUAACCGGAGGCCAGGUUUGACCUCCGUAGGUCAAAUAGGAACUAAGUUAUAGGCGAUCAAACUAAGAGGUCAAAAUCUGAAAAUAGGUCAAAUUUCGUAUCAAUCGAUAAAGGGGAUCGAGGAGAUCAAGAAAAACUUGGUUUGACUUUCGUAGGUCAAAUAGAAUCUGAGAUAUAGGCGAUCAAACUUUGAGGUCGACCAUUGGAAAAUUGAUCAAAUUCCGUUUCAAUCGAUAAAGGGGAUCAAGGAAAUCAAGAAAAAGUAUGUCUCUAAGUUCUUAACCUCCUAGAAGUCGAGUUAUGACUCUUUCUAAAAACUUCAAAAAUUCAUAACUUUGUUCCUAGGAUCCCAGGAACUUUUUGACUUAGAUAUUUGAGCUUCUGAGAUCAUUUCCUAUCGAUUGAUAUGAAAAUCUCGGAAACUUUGGUUUUCGGGAAAAUCGAAAAAAGUACAGUCUAACCCUUACGUUUUUUUUGAGCUUCUAAGGUCAUGGAAGCCGAUCUGGACGAAAUGUAUAUCAGUCGAUAGAUCUCGAUAAAAAAAAUAACCGGAAGCCAGGUUUGACCUCCCUAGGUCAACUAGGAACUAAGUUAUAGGCGGUCAAACUAUGAGGUAAAAACCUGAAAAUUGGUCGAAUUUGGUCUCAAUCGAUAGAGGAGGUCACGGAGAUCAAGAAAAACUAGGUCUCUAAGCUCCUAACCUCCUAGAAGUCGAAAAAACAAAAAAUUUCAAAUUCGAAAUUCCUCGACAACUAUGACGUCAUGGAAUCAAAUAUAUAUAACAAGGCGAAACUCAGGUUCGGUCUGGACAUGCGUCGCCGUCACGUUCGACCGAUUCAUCGCCGUCUCUUUUCCGAUCAAGAAGCGCGUCUGGUGCACACCGUCGACGUCAGCCGCGGUCCUCUGCGUCAUCACUGUUUUCAGGUACCUAGUGACGUCAUCUCAUUGAAUGCACCAGAUUUUUACACAGUUACAUUCCAAAAACCGCUUCAAGUCGGUCGCAAAAUGGCAUAAUUCAGCGCCCUGUUCAAGCUGCCGUCCUUCUUCGAGGUGCGGCUCGACGAGAAGGGCGAGGUUCAGAUGACGUGGCUCCGGGAGAACGUCUUCUACAUCACUUUCUACGUCUUCUACCUCUACGUCGCCGUCAUUCAGUUGGUCCCGUGGACGGCUAUCAUCGCACUGAAUGCCGUAGUUAUUCACAAGGUGGUCACUUGAGGGUUUGAGAUUCAUGACGUCAUUUUUUAAGGUCCGAUUAGCGUACCGACUUCAGGCGGUUUUGAUCCAGAACUCGGAGAAGCCUCGCUCGAAGAGAGAAGAUGCGGAGAGACGGUUCGUUCUUUUCGAUUUAUUACUGUAGAUUACUGUAUUUUGAAUGAAGAUUACGGUAGAUAUUAUAGUUUCGAAAAUUGACCGUUCGAUCGACCGUUCGACCAAUAUUUUUUCAACAUGUCAUAAUAAAUGGUCAUUGGUCGAACGGUUGGAGUUUCAACAUUUCAACAUGUCACUUCAGAGUGACAUGUUGGUUUUUGACCGUUCGAAAUGUCUUUCUGAAAAUGGUCGGUCAUUUUUCGAACGUUCGAAAUGUCACUUCGAAAUUGGUCGGUCAUUUUUCGAACGUUCGAAAUGUCACUUCGAAAUUGGUCGGUCAUUUUUCGAACGUUCGAAAUGUCACUUCAAAAAUGUUCGGUCAGUUUUUGACCGUUCAAAAUGUCACUCUUAAAAUGGUCGGUCAUUUUUUGACCGUUCGAAAUGCCUAUUCGUAAAUUUUCUGUUACGCUGGAAGUGAGGGCUCGUGCGAGAGACACAUUCCUUCUUGCUGCGUUCCAGUAUUUCAUUUGCAAACUUUGAGCCGUCAUAAUUUGACUACGAGGCUAAAGGCGAGAUAUUUUAUUUUUGAUUUGGAAUCAGCAUGCCUUAAAGUACACCCCUGCGAAGUUUCAUCAAAAAUUCAACCGGGGGAUUGAAACAGUUUCCUUGUCAGAGUAACUAGAAGCUUAUUUAUUAUCACGAAGCACGCGGAGUUUUUUCAAAAUUCCAUACUUUUCGCAAACGUUGAUUCAAUUUAUUUCAUUUCAGACACUUCAAACUUUUUUCAGUCAAAUUUCGAUCGUUUGAAACGCCAUUUCAAAAUUGGUUGUUCAUUUUUUGACCGUUCGAAAUGUCACUCUGAAAAUGGUCGGUCAUUUUUCGAACGUUCGAAAUGUCACUUCCAAAUUGGUCGGUCAUUUUUCGAACGUUCGAAAUGUCACUUCAAAAAUGUUCGGUCAGUUUUUGACCGUUCGAAAUGUCACUCUGAAAAUGGUCGGUCAUUUUUCGAACGUUCGAAAUGUCACUUCCAAAUUGGUCGGUCAUUUUUCGAACGUUCGAAAUGUCACUUCCAAAUUGGUCGGUUGGUUUCGUAAAUUUCAGAAAUUGGUCGGUCAAACGAACGGUCAGAAAAAUGACAUGUUAUAACCGUUCGAAAAACUGAACGGUCAUAUCAGUUGAACGGUCUAAUUGGUCGAACGGUCGAAUUUUAGAACACUAGUAGAUAUAUAGCUUGGUUUCUUUUUAAUGUUUUUGUGUUCGAUAGUGCCUUCUUUCUGCUGUUUUGUUAAAGUUUUACCUCGAAAUUUACACUUUUUUCAGGGUUACGGUAAUGGCGACAGUAAUGACUGGAAUAUUCAUAAUCUGCAACAUUCCGCCGGGUGUCAACAACCUCGUCGAUCACCUCGACGUCAGCUAUAAAUACGUCUUCAGGCAGAGGAUUCCUCUGUCGAAUUUGCUCGUCUGUGUUAAUAGGUAUAGCUUUUUUCAGAUUUUAAAUCUUCUGAUUCCCGUUUCAACUCAAAAAACUACAUUUUCAGUGCCUCGAACAUGUUGAUCUACUGCGUAUUCAAUGCAAAGUUCCGACAAGGAGCUCUGAGAUUAAUCGGAGUCCGAAGGAAAGGAAGCCGUGGCAGUGUUUCGCGUCUUCAUGAGACCAGUUAUAUGGUUAGUUUUAGACCACAGGAAAAAUGGCAAAAAAAUUUUUUCGGUUGGGAUCGAACCCUUAACCUUCCGAGCCUUGAGCUAGAACGUAACCGGCUGAGCUAAUACAAAGGCAAAAACAUUUUUUUCUUGUUAGGGAUCGGAGCUGAGACCUUCCAAGUAUCAAGCUGGUAUCUUGUCUGAGAUUUGGAUUUUUGAAUACAGAAAAAUGGCAAAAAAUUUUCUGUCGCUGUGUGGGAUUGAACCUACAACCUCUCAAGCGGGUCCAUUGCCGUCUGAGCCAGUUUUAAUUUGAAAUUUUGAUCACAGAAAAAGGGCAAAAAACUUUCUGUCCUGGUGUGGGAUUGAACCUGUGACCUCUCGAACUUCAAACUGGUCUCUUACCGACAGAUCCAGCCUGAAUUUUUGAUUUUUUGAGUACAGAAAAAUGGCAAAGAAUUUUCUGUUCUUGUGGGGGAUUGAACCUGAGACCUUUCAAGCCUCAAGCUAUCCUCUUACCAACUUAGCCAACCAAAAUUUUUGAUUUUUAAGCACAGAAAAAUGGCAAAAAACUUUCUGUCCUGGUGAGGGAUUGAACCCGUGACUCUUUGAGGCUCAAGCUGGUCUCUUACCAACAGAUCCCGUCUGGAUUUUUGAUUUUUAAAUACUAAAAAAUGGCAAAAAACGUUGUCAGGGAUUGAACCUACGACCUCUCAAGCGUGUCCCUUACCGUCUGAACCAGUAUAAAUUUUAAAAUUUGGUUUCAUAAAAAUGGCAAAAAGCUUUCUGUCCUUGUGAGGGAUUGAACCUGUGACUUCUUGAGCCUCAAGCUAUCCUCUUACCAACUGGGCCAACCGGAAUUUUUUUGAUUUUUAAAUACAGAAAAAGUGGCAAAAAAUUUUUCUGUCCUUGCGGGGGAUUGAACCUGAGAGCUCUCAAGCCUCAAGCUGGUCUCUUACCAACAGAUCCCGUCUGGAUUUUUGAUAUUUAAAUACUAAAGAAUGGCAAAAAACGUUGUCAGGGAUUGAACCUACGACCUCUCAAGCGUGUCCCUUACCGUCUGAACCAGUAUAAAUUUUAAAAUUUGGUUUCAUAAAAAUGGCAAAAAGCUUUCUGUCCUUGUGAGGGAUUGAACCUACGACCAUUCAAUCGAGACUGAGCCAGCUUAAAUUCGAAAUUUUGAUCACGGAAAAAUGGCAAAAAACUUUAUGUCCUUGUGGGGGAUUGAACCUGAAAGUUCUCAAGCGGCUCUCUUACCGUUUAAGCCAACCGGAAUUUUUGUUUUCAAACAGCGAAAAAGGGCAAAAAACGCGCUACCCUUGUGUGGGAUUGAACCUGUGACCUCUCGAACUUCAAGCUAACCUCUAACCAACUGAGCCAAGUCUAAGAUUUUUAGUUUCAGAUGCGUUCCCGCGUCGCUACCAGUGAAAACCUACAGAAAAACGCCGAUUCUCCGACGCCUUGCUGA